UCCGGGCCUUGCGAAAUAGGCCCGCCCUCGUGUCAGUCUUCCAAACUGGACGCUUGUUAUCUGUUCACUCCCAGGAAAAAUAAUAAGAAGCUGGAUCUUGGGUGAUGUAAGACAUUUGAAAAUCGUACAGACUCCUGAUGUGGAGGAACAAUGCACUCUGACUGACGUCGUCAUUAGUAACUGUCCAUCAUGAACAGUGAAGAGGAGUUUUAUGAUGCUGAGACAGGUUUGGAAUCGGAUGACUCCUGUGAGGUUAGCUUUAAAGAUGCCCCUGUGUAUGAGGGGAAACAGACGUCAAAUGGCCGUGUGCCAUCAGAGAACGGAGUAUGGGAGCGAAGAACAACCCUCCCUGCUCCCAUGUUCUCAAGAAAUGAUUUCAGUAUUUGGGGCUUCCUGAAGAAAUGCAUUGGCAUGGAGCUCUCUAAAAUAACGAUGCCUGUUGUUUUUAAUGAGCCGCUGAGCUUCCUACAGAGAAUUACAGAGUACAUGGAACAUACAUACCUCAUCCACAAAGCUUGCACAAUGUCUGAUUCGAUAGAGCGAAUGCAGCUUGUUGCUGCAUUUGCUGUGUCUGCUGUGGCGUCACAGUGGGACAGAACUGGAAAGCCUUUUAACCCUUUACUGGGAGAGACAUAUGAACUCACAAGGGAAGAUGAGAGUUACCGACUGAUCUCAGAGCAGGUUAGCCACCAUCCACCAGUCAGUGCUUUCUUUGCUGAAUCGCUCAGCCAGGACUUUGUGUUCCACGGUUCCAUUUAUCCUAAACUGAAGUUCUGGGGCAAAAGUGUUGAGGCUGAACCCAAAGGCACUAUGACAUUGGAGCUGUCCAAGCACAAGGAAGCAUACACUUGGACAAACCCUAUGUGUUGUGUGCACAAUGUCAUCCUGGGCAAACUGUGGAUUGAGCAGUACGGAACAGUGGAGAUAGUCAACCACAGCACUGGAGACAAAUGCGUGCUGAAUUUUAAGCCAUGUGGCAUGUUUGGCAAAGAACUGCAUCGGGUAGAAGGACAUAUCCAGGACAAGAAUAAGAAGAAGCGGCGUGUUAUCUAUGGGAAGUGGACGGAGUGCUUAUACACUAUAGAGCCAAAGGUCUAUGAAGCAAACAAGAAGGUAGAAAGGAAAAGUGGCGAUUCCAAGAAACACAAACAGGAUCAGAAUACUGGCGGUGCUGGUGAUGCUGAUGAAAUGCCAGACGUCCAGGAGACAGUCACUAUGAUUCCAGGCAGUACAUUACUGUGGAGGAUAGCCCCGAGACCUGCACACUCAGCACAGAUGUAUAAUUUCACCAGCUUUGCAAUGACACUGAAUGAGCUGGAGCCUGGCAUGGAAGGAGUCCUAGCACCUACAGAUUGUCGUCUGCGACCAGACAUAAGAGCUAUGGAAAAUGGAGACAUAGACACUGCAAGUCAAGAGAAGGAGAGGCUGGAGGAGAAGCAGAGAGCUGCGCGUAGAGAACGGACUAAAGAUGGGGAGGACUGGUCCACCAGAUGGUUCCAUCAAGGAGUGAACCCUUACACAGGAACCUCAGACUGGGUCUACACGGGUGGAUACUUUGACAGGAAGUACUCUGACCUCCCUGACAUCUACUGAUUGACUGGGAAGAGGGCAAAGGUUUUUGAUAUACCUCUGGUCCCCAGCCCAUAUCAUUGUCUUGCAACAAUAAGCUUAUUUCUCUAUUUGUUGUUUUAUUAUUAUUUUUUAUUCUCCAUCAAAAUGUGAGAAAAGAAUGGUUUACUGGACUGAAAAACCGAGCCUCCGCUCCCCUAAAACCGAAUCUUUAUACUGGAAUCCGACACUGCACUUAUUAUGACUGAAUUUAUUUAUUUUUUGAAAGGUAGGAAAUGCCUUAUAUGCCUUUAUAAUGAUUUUCAUUUUUUUUCAUGCAAGAUAGAUUUAUGGUAAAAAGUUCAGUGUAAACUUCAGUAUACGAAUGGUUAUUGUUACCCUCCUCCGCCCAUUAUAUAUCAUGCUAGUAAUACUCAGGUGUUUUAUGGGUACAAGUUGUUAGUGAUGGCAUUAACGAGGAUAGAGCAUAUUGUGAUUAUUGAACCCGUCGCUGACUAAGCAUGUUAUGAGAGGCUCUUUUAGAUAUUUAUGCUCAGACUGAUGCAACAAAUUUUAUCAUUUCUAUGACGUUAAGUACCUUAUCCAGAAAUGUGACUUCUAUGAUGACUGUGGGACAUCCACUGAAUAAUUAUUGCAUUAAACUUGGUCUGUUACCUUCAGUAGAUGAGCGGCUAGUGUCUCCAGACCAACCCUGACACAGUGAUAAGCCCAGUGGGCUCUUCCGUGCCACCUUUAUUUGUCUCCAUUUAUGUAGAGGACUUUACUCAAGGCUGUAUGCUCAUUCCUCACAUGCAUGCUCAGCAAUGUUGCAGACGUUUUGAUUUUUCUGACUAGAUAAAUAUGAGAGCUGCUUAUGACAAUGUUUACUUUGUAAACAAAGAGUUUUUAAAGGUAUGAAAGCUAAUUAACAAACCUUAUUAACAGCAAAGAAGUCUAUUUUAACCUUACAUGGAUGUUUUGAGUUAAUUAUGGUUGCCAAAGUGACUCUUUCCUUGUAGAAACUAAAGCCAUAGAACUCAUCAGGACUGCAAGUAUGCGUUGCAACAGUUGCGCACAAACAGGCUUCAUUCAAUGGAGAUGGGUGCUAAUAUCUUAACAUUUUCAGCACUUGUGGCUAAUGAAUGUCACCUUAACACGCAUACAACUUAUGCACAUGAAAUACUCUACUACUCCCUAAAUAGAACCUAAACCUAAAUGUUUUCUUGCUGAAAUAUUUUUGUUCAUCCUGAAAGAUUCAUAAAGAAGGUAAAAAAAAGACGAUGCACUACCAAGAGGACUAUUUGAUGAGAUAAUCUCAAAGGAUUUUGAAAGUUAAAGCUAUUUUUAACUUGAAAACUCAAAUGCUGUGUUUCUGUUUCUUUCCCAUUCUGUCAAACACGUUCACACACAGACUAUAUGUCUAAAAGUUUGUAGACACCUGCUCCUCUCAUGUUUCUUCUGAAAUUGAGGGUAUUAAUAUAAAGUUUUGUCCCCUCUUUGCUGCAGUAACAGCCUGUACUCUACUAUGAAGGUUUUACACCAGAUAUUGGAACAUGCUGUGAGGAUUUCAUUGCAUUGAAACAUGAGCAUUACUGAGGUCAGGUACUGAUGUUGGAUAAUUAGCUCUGGAUCUCAAACACAACUCCAACUCAUCCCAAAGGUAUUGGAUGAACCUCUAUCACCAGAGAACACAGUUUCACUGCUCCACAGCCCAGAGGUGGGGGGGCUUUAAACCCAUGUAGUCUAUGCUUGGCGUAGGGCAUGAUUAGACUCGUGUUGCUGCUCCAGAGUGUCCCAUUCUCUUGGCAGUGUUUUUCUAUGGAGAUUAUACAAGCUGUACACCUUCAUCAGCAAUGGAUAUGCCAUGAAGUAGCUUAAUUCACUAACUAGAAAAGGUGUCUGGAUACUUUUGGACAUAUAGUCAACACACCUAAAUAAAAAUAUCUAUGCAAACAUCCAUCAGAAUGUCUGUCAACUGUAUCUUUGGGAGAUUUCUGUCAACGAAUGUUCCUUCUCAUGUAAAAUACUUUUGUUGGCCUUAUGCAACUGUGUCAAACAUGUUGAACUAUUCCAGUGGAGUUCAGCCUUGUCCACAAAGGACUGGUGCUUUUGUUCUGCCCAGCUAACAUCAAACCAUGUAAUUGAAGAACCCAAAUCAUGGAAAGCUGAAUUUUUCAUGCAAUUUCUGAAAUAUUAAAUGUAGUAUCGCAAACAGUGGUAAAGUAAAAACAGCCCAUUUUGAAUUUGUUUUAGUGAUGUCACCAAAACCAAUACAUUUACAUUUAUCUGCCAAUUCAGCUUACAGCAGUUUGGCCCCACCCAUUCAUGCUGAAGUUAUAAAGAGUGUUUCAGCCAGCCUGCUUUUUAAAAGAGGCAGCCAGUCAGAGGUUGUUUACAUAUAUCAGUCUGAAAUGUACAGUAACAAAAACAACCUGUUCAAUUCUAAGCGAGGUUGGAAAGUGCCAAUGUAAAAAUGAAUUACAGCUAUUUUUGAGAUAUAACCCCACCUACAGCUCACAAGGGGACCUCAGAGGAAAAACUAAAUUUUAAGAAAAAUGCAGUUUAAAGUAGUGGUUGAUGUCAGUAUGUUGCCUGAGUGCUUUGCACUGGACCUUUGCAGAGAAGACUGAACCUCACUGGGUUCUUCGGUUUUGAAAGGUUUUUGUUGGCUGUUUUUGCACAGCACCUUGUGUGCUACAUUUUGGCCUGGACUCUUGGCUGAUGUCUGGGCUGCUUGGGGUCAACUGUAUGUGACUAGAACAGUAACAUGGUUGCCAGAUGUGAAAUUAGAGGGAGCACAUGUCUAGAACAAGUAGCAUACAAGUGUCAUAUACGUUCCAUGUAACUACACUAGUGUAUUUAAAUCUUAAUAGACAUCCCAUAUCUUGCUUAAUCUGAGAAAAGUAGUCGAUUUAUUAAAUAUAUUCUGGCAUGUUUAAACAUGAUCUAGUCAUACUCCAUCACUUAUUAUUGUACUUUCCUGUACUUCAAAUGGCAGAGUUGUACCUCUGAAAGAAAUGUUACUUUUCUUUCUCUGCAGAUAGCCAGCUUGAAGCCACUGAAAUAAUGUGAAAUUCCCAUUUUUGUCACAAAUUUUGUUUCCAUCUGUCAUUAUUGCUGUAAUACUCACAAGUUAAUGUUAAGGUGGACCUGAGCAGGUCCUACAAAGUGAAGCUAUGUAAAGCAAACGUAUAUAUGACGUGAAGAAAGUGGGAGUCUGUCAUUAUUACAGUUUGCCAUUUGUAUGUUUGUGUGUGAGAAUGAGUGAAUGAGUAUUUGUUAUUGGUGAUUAACAUUUGUCAUGUGACAGAACCUGGACAUGCCAUAUAGGCUACGUAGGCUUUAUGUAGUUUCACUUAUUGGUAACUUUUUACUAUUUUUGUAUAGAUCACGUAAAUUGUCAGCCGUGAUACACUUAAGCUGUCUAACCUGAUGUAAAACUGGUCAUUCAUGAAUUAGCAAUAUUAUAUAUAAGAUAGCUACAAUUAAAGAAACUGAAUUCCA